AAUGUUUCUCGCCUUCAUCUUUGAUCUUUUACUUCUUUCUUAACCAGGGAAAUGAGGAUUCUAUGGAGCCACCCCUUGGAUGCAGCAAUGAAAUCAAUAAUAUAAGAAGAAGAACUUCUCUCUUGGUGAUGGACUUGCUGAAAUCUUGACCUCGCAUACAGACAAGGAAGGAAAAAAGAAGACUGAAGCUUCUGUAUUGCAAUCAAACACCAAUAUCAUGGCUGUCAUGAAGGAGAAAGCAUUUAUAUGCCUGGAGUGUGGGAAAAGUUUCACUUGGAGUGGUGAUCUGAAGCGACAUCAAAGGACUCACACGGGGGAAAAACCCUAUACAUGCCUGGAGUGUGGAAAGAGCUUCACUCAUAGUGGAAAUCUACGUUCACAUCAAAGGACUCACACGGGGGAGACACCAUAUACAUGCCUGGAGUGUGGAAAGAGCUUCACUCACAGUGGUAGUCUAUGUUUACAUCAAAGGACUCACACUGGGGAGAAACCCUAUACAUGCCCUGAGUGUGGAAAGAGCUUCACUCAUAGUUCAGCUCUACGUUCACAUGAAAGGACUCACACUGGGGAGAAACCGUAUACAUGCCCAGAGUGUGGAAAGAGCUUCAGUCAUACUACAGGUCUACGUUUACAUCUAAGGAUUCACACUGGGGAGAAACCGUAUACAUGCCCAGAGUGUGGAAAGAGCUUCGCUCAUACUUCACAUCUAUAUCAACAUCAAAGGACUCACACGGGGGAGAAACCCUAUACAUGCCUGGAGUGUGGAAAGAGUUUCACUGAGAGUGGAAGUCUACGUACACAUCAAAGGAUUCACACUGGGGAGAAACCCUAUACAUGCCUGGAGUGUGGACAGAGCUUCAUUCAUUGUUCAGGUCUACGUUCACACCAAAGCACUCACAGUGGGGACAAACCCUAUACAUGCCUGGACUGUGGGCAGAGCUUUACUACAAAUGGAAAUCUACAUUCACAUCAAAGGAUUCACACUGGGGAGAAACCCUAUAAAUGCCUGGACUGUGGGCAGAGCUUCACUACGAGUGGAAGUCUACGUUCACAUCAAUGGAUUCACACUGGGGAGAAACCCUAUACAUGCCUGGACUGUGGGCAGAGCUUCACUACGAAUGGAAAUCUACAUUCACAUCAAAGGAUUCACACUGGGGAGAAACCCCAUACAUGCCUGGAGUGUGGGCAGGGCUUCACUACGAGUGGAAGCCUACAUUCACAUCAAUGGAUUCACACUGGGGAGAAACCCCAUACAUGCCUGGAGUGUGGGCAGGGCUUCACUACGAGUGGAAGUCUACGUUCCCAUCAAAGGAUUCACACUGGGGAGAAACCCUAUACAUGCCUGGAGUGUGGGCAGAGCUUCACUACGAGUGGAAGUCUACAUUCACAUCAAAGGAUCCACACUGGGGAAAAACCCUAUACAUGCCUGGACUGUGGGCAGAGCUUCACUACGAGUGGAAGUCUAUGUUCACAUCAAAGGAUUCACACUGGGGAAAAACCCUAUACAUGUCUGGACUGUGGGCAGAGCUUCACUACGAGUGGAAGUCUACGUUCACAUCAAAGGACUCACACUGGGGAGAAGCCCUAUAAAUGCCUGGCAUGUGGAAAGAGCUUCUCUAAUAGUACUGGUCUACGUUCACACCAAAGGAUUCACACUGAAGAGAAACCAUAUACAUGCCUGGAGUGUAGAAAGAGCUUCACUCAGAGUGGAAGUCUACGUUCACAUCAAAGGAUUCACACUGGGGAGAAACCCUAUAAAUGCCUGGAGUGUGGGCAGAGCUUCACUCAGAGUGGAAGUCUACGUUCACAUGAAAGGACUCACAAUGGGGAGAAAUCCUAUAAAUGCCUGGAGUGUGGAAAGAGCUUCAUUCAUAAUUCAGGUCUAUGUUCACAUCAAAGGACUCACACUAAAGAGAAACCCUAUAACUGCCUGGAGUGUGGAAAGAGCUUCAGUGAGAGUAAAAGUCUACGUUCACAUCAAAGGAGUCACACUGUGGAGAAACCCUAUACAUGCGUGGACUGCGGAAAGAGCUUCACUGAGAGUUCAGGUCUACUUUCACACCAAAGGACUCACACUGGGGAAAAAUCCUAUAUUUGCCAUGAGUGAUGACAGAGCUUCACCCAUUGUUCCAAGUUUAUGGUCACAUCAAAGAACCUACACUGGGGAGAAACCCUGUAAAUGCAUAGUGUGUGGAAAAAGCUUGUCUGUGAAUGGAAAUCUACAUAGACAUCAAAGGACUCACACUGGGGAGUGGCAUACAUGUCUGGAGUGUGGAAAGAUCUUCAUUCAUAGUCCAGGUCUGCGGUCACCUCAAAGGACACACACUGGGGAGAAACCCUAUAAAUGCCUGGAGUGUGGAAAGAGCUUUGCUCCGAGUUCAGAUCUACAUUCACAUCAAAGGACUCACACAAAAGAGAAACCAUAUACAUGUCUGGAUUGUGGAGAGAGCUUCAUUGAGUGUAGAAGUCUUAUGUUCACAUCAAAGGAUUUAUACUGGGGGAGAAACCCUAUAACAUGUCCGUCCCCCGCCGUGGGAAUGCUUGGUUCCACAACCCCAGUUUUAAUUGAGCUCCCCUUGCAAGUAACCUGCUCCUCCUGUUAUCUCACCCAAGUUUUUAAUCAUUUUUAAUCAUUUUAUUCUGCACAUGUGGCCCGCCCAUUGUC